AUGGAUCCCAGGAUGGGAGAGAGAGUGGGGAUUUUACUCUGGGCGCUGCUGUUCCUGGGGGGGGUGGGAGCCAUCUGCCAGACGGGCAGUGCCAGCGAAUGCCAAAGAGCGCUCCCGGUACCAGGGUCCAGUCUGGCUGGAGUGGGUUUCGAUGUGGUGACACUGUCACGCAAGGGGGCGUACGUGGUGAACGUGGAGAGUUGGAGUCAUCGGGAUGGGGCCUGCACCCUCUGUAAGAACUCACUGAUGGGGGGUACACGGCAGCGGCUCCCCCUGGCCGCAGCAGACUGGCGGGCUCUGCGUAAUUGUCCCCGGGCUGUUUCCAGUCAGCUCUUCCACUCGCUCUCUGAGCUCAUAAAGUCAAUCGGCUCCAGUGUGGACAACAGCUGGAGCACUGGCCUAAAUCUACCCACCCAGCACUUGCAGUCAAUUGGUUCCAAAUCCAAGCUCAUGAAUUUUGCCAUACGGAAGGCCAAAUCAGGCUGCUACAGCUUCGCUAAACAUGAGUUCCGUUGCCGUCUUUACCGCUACCGCCUGAAGGACCAACCCCCCCUGGCACCCCAGUUCUCUGCCCGUCUGGACCAGAUCACCAACACCUCCUACGAGGGAGCCCGGCACCACUACCGCCAACUAGUGCAGACUUUUGGAACUCACUUCAUUCACUCGGUCGAUAUGGGCGGCUCCUUCCAGGAUGUGACAGCCAUUCACACCUGCCAAGCUGCUGUGGAGGGCAUCACCCCCGAGCAGGUGAAGGACUGCCUGGGGAUAGAGGCCAGUUAUCAGGUGGUGGCGGUGGGCAAGGGCAGAGCUGGCACAGGAUUCUGUAAGAAGAAGGCUAGGUCCCUGAACCAGGCCAAAACUUUCCACCAGGCCUUCAACGAGAGGCUGACAGAAGCCGUGGGAGGUCAUUCCAGUGGUGACACAGACAUCCCCUUUUCCUCUGACCCUGCCAGCUUCACCCGAUGGCUGAAGAGCCUUGAGGUCUCACCAGGUAUCAUAAAAUACCAGCUGGCCCCUCUCCAUCUCCUGCUACCUAGCACUGACCACCGCCGGGAACAGCUGAGGCUCUACCUCAGCGAGUACAUUUUGGCCAACGCCAUGAAACGGGACUGCUCCAAAACCACCUGCCCCACUCCUGGGAGCAGAAGCAGAUCCGAUCCCUGUUCCAGCCAAUGUCAGAAGAGUUUCUGGGUAGACCGUCACCGCUGCCCCAAGCAGAAGGGCAUGGGGCACCUGGUUGUCACUGUCAAGAGAGGCUUCAGUCUCUGGGGCGACUACAUAACAGGCACGGACAGUUUUGUGGUGGUCUCCUACGGUAAUGCCAAAGGUCGGACCAAGGUGAUAAAUAACAACAACAACCCUACCUGGAACACCAGACUGGACCUGGGGGUGGUGGUUGCCCACAGAAACGUGAAUCUCACCCUGGAUGUCUAUGAUGAAGAUAUCUUUUGGAACAACCAUCUGGGGACCUGCCAGGUGCCUCUGAUCUCUGGUGUCACCAAUCACACCUGCCACCUUAACCAUGGCAAUGUCACCUACCAAAUUUCCUUCACCUGUGUCCCACACUUGCAGGGUCCCACCUGCCACCAGUGUGCCCCGAGUCCAGGAGCCCGUGGGUUCACCAGGCUCCUGUGGACCAACCACUCCUCCCACUCGUCUGACUCCCCCACCGCCCUUCCUUCAGGGAAUGCCCUCCUCAAAGUUAUCUACCCCUAA